AUGGCACCAACACACCUAGGCCAUCCGGUCAACAUGGCCGCGAUAUGCCUCGCUCUUGGCCUCACGUACUUCGUAGGCCGCACCUUCUACUACAUCUUCCUCAGUCCGCUGCGGUCCGUCCCGGGUCCGCUCUCCCACCGCAUCUCCAUCCUCCCGCGGGCGUACCAUCUCUGGAUCGGCGAUCUGCCGUUCCACGUCGCGCGCCUGCACGCCAAGUACGGCCCGGCGGUGGUGAUCGCGCCCGGCGAGGUCGGCUUCGCUUCGCCGCAGGCCUGGAAGGACAUCUACGGCCACAAGACCGCCGGCGAGCCCGAGAUGGAGAAGUACGACGGCUUCUACCGCAUCCUUCCCCACUUGCCGCGCCAUAUCAUCAGUGCUAAGCGCGAAGAGCACUCGAUGCUGCGCCGGCAGCUGGCGCACGGCUUCUCGGAACGCAGCAUGCGCGGCCAGGAGCCUAUCAUUGGCGGGUACGUCGACCUGCUCAUCCAGCGGAUGCGGGAGGCCGUCGCGGUGCCCGGCGGCGGUGGUGAUUCAGCUCUGGGCGCGAGCCUGAACAUGCGCGAGUGGUAUAACUAUACCACCUUUGACAUCAUCGGCGACCUGGGCCUCGGCAGCUCGUUUGGGUGUCUCGACCAGUCCGACUACCACCCGUGGAUCCGGCUCAUCACGGACACAAUCCGGCAGAACGCCAAGAACGUGGUGCUGGUCAACAUGGGGCUGCUGCCUCUGGUCAACUGGUUCGGGAGGAGCAAGGGCUCGAAGCAGAACCAGCACCGCGACAUCGUGAAGGCGAAGCUGCAGCAGCGCAUGGAGGUCGGCUUCGACGAGCGGCCGGACCUAAUCGAGGGCCUGCUGAAAAAGGAUGCCGAGUGGGGCAUGGGCAUCGACAAGCUGGCCCAAAACGCGAGCAUACUCAUCAUCGCCGGCUCCGAGACGACCGCCACGCUGCUGAGCGGCGCCACGUUCCUGCUCGCGACGAACCCGGAUAAGCUGGCCCGGCUGGUGCAGGAGGUGCGGUCGUCGUUCAAGAGCGACGAGGAGAUCACGCUGAAUUCUGUUAAUAACCUGACGUAUAUGCUGGCUUGCCUGAAUGAGAGUCUGCGCAUGUAUCCGCCUGUUGCGGGCGCGCUGCCGAGACAGGUGCCGAGGGGCGGCGGCGUCAUCAGCGGGACGCCUGUAGCCGAGGGUACCGUUGUAGCUGUCUGGCAGUACUCGGUCAACCACCACCCCGACUACUGGACCGAGCCCAUGACCUUUGCCCCCGAGCGGUGGAUGGGCGACCCCAAGUACAAGAGCGAUCAGCUCGAUGCUAUGCAGCCAUUCCAUAUCGGGCCGCGGAACUGCAUUGGUCGCAAUCUCGCAUAUGCGGAGAUGCGGCUCAUCUUGGCCAAGCUGCUCUUCAACUUCGAAAUCGCCCUUGACGAGCGCAGCGGCGAUUGGAUGAAGACCCAGAAGGCCUAUCUGCUCUGGGACAAGCCCGGCUUGCACAUCCACGUGAAGCCUGUUGUGAGGUAA